UCUGCCUCACUCUCUCUUUCUCCUUCUGUCAGUCAUUGAGUCAUGAUGGCGGAGCGGACGGUGCCUCAUGCAUUUCCCAUGAGUACUCAGUGUGAACUGAACUCUCCCAGAAGGAUCUACGAUCAGAACUUUGGAGAGGCUCUUACCCCCCAGGACCUCCUCACCCCCACCCUGUACCAUGGUUAUUAUGUCCGUCCAAGAAUCACCAAGCAGCUAGGGCGGGGCUUCUCUGAUAUAGAGGCGGAGCCAGGGAAGUGGACCGUUCGAUUGGACGUGUGUCAGUUCACUCCUGAUGAAGUCACCGUUCGCACUGUCGACAACCUAUUGGAGGUCAGUGGUAACCACUCCCAGAGACAAGAUGUCCACGGGUUCAUCAGUCGGUCGUUUACGAGGACCUACAUACUUCCUGUGGGUGUUGACCCUCUACUGCUCUUCGUCGACCUAUCACACGACGGCAUCCUCUCUGUCUCCGCUCCCCGGACAACCCCCGACCCGCCCUCCUCACACACGCAUAUCAUACACACUCACACCGACAAGACAACCUAGUGACGACACACAGACACAACCAAAAUACGACCUAGUGUCCUCUGUCAUGGAUCAACCCCAAUUCCCCCCAGGAUCAACCCCAACACCCUCUAGGAUCAACCCCAAUACCCUCUAGGAUCAAUUCCAACACCCUCUAGGAUCAACCCCAACACCCUCUAGGAUCAACCCCAAUACCCUCUGGUGUCCUCUGUCAUGGAUCAACCCCAACACCCUCUAGGAUCAACCCCAAUACCCUCUAGGAUCAACUCCAACACCCUCUAGGAUCAACCCCAAUACCCUCUAGUGUCCUCUGUCAUGGAUCAACCCCAACACCCUCUAGGAUCAACCCCAACACCCUCUAGGAUCAACUCCAACACCCUCUAGGAUCAACCCCAAUACCCUCUAGUGUCCUCUGUCAUGGAUCAACCCCAACACCCUCUAGGAUCAACUCCAACACCCUCUAGGAUCAACCCCAAUACCCUCUGGUGUCCUCUGUCAUGGAUCAACCCCAACACCCUCUAGGAUCAACCCCAAUACCCCCUAGUGUCCUCUGUCAUGGAUCUACCCCAAUACCCUCUAGGAUCAACCCCAAUACCCCCUAGUGUCCUCUGUCAUGGAUCAACCCCAACACCCUCUAGGAUCAACCCCAAUACCCUCUAGUGUCCUCUGUCAUGGAUCAACCCCAACACCCUCUAGGAUCAACCCCAACACCCUCUAGGAUCAACUCCAACACCCUCUAGGAUCAACCCCAACACCCUCUAGGAUCAACUCCAACACCCUCUAGGAUCAACCCCAAUACCCUCUAGGAUCAACUCCAACACCCUCUAGGAUCAACUCCAACACCCUCUAGGAUCAACCCCAAUACCCUCUAGUGUCCUCUGUCAUGGAUCAACCCCAACACCCUCUAGGAUCAACCCCAACACCCUCUAGGAUCAACCCCAAUACCCUCUAGGAUCAACCCCAACACCCUCUAGGAUCAACUCCAACACCCUCUAGGAUCAACCCCAAUACCCUCUAGUGUCCUCUGUCAUGGAUCAACCCCAACACCCUCUAGGAUCAACUCCAACACCCUCUAGGAUCAACCCCAAUACCCCCUAGUGUCCUCUGUCAUGGAUCAAACCCAAUUCCCCCUAGGAUCAACCCCAAUACCCCCUAGUGUCCUCUGUCAUGGAUCAACCCCAACACCCUCUAGGGUCAACCCCAACACCCUCUAGGAUCAACCCCAAUACCCUCUAGGAUCAACCCCAAUACCCUCUAGGAUCAACUCCAACACUCUCUAGGAUCAACCCCAAUACCCUCUAGUGUCCUCUGUCAUGGAUCAACCCCAACACCCUCUAGGAUCAACCCCAAUACCCUCUAGGAUCAACUCCAACACUCUCUAGGAUCAACCCCAAUACCCCCUAGUGUCCUCUGUCAUGGAUCAACCCCAACACCCUCUAGGAUCAACUCCAACACCCUCUAGGAUCAACUCCAACACUCUCUAGGAUCAACCCCAAUACCCCCUAGUGUCCUCUGUCAUGGAUCAACCCCAAUACCACCCGGAAUGAGAUAUAUGGAAUGCAGACCUUGGGAGAUAGAACAAGGAACGCAGACCGUGGGGGAAAGCAGAAGGAACAGAGACUGUGGGGGUUAGUAGACUGUGGGGGAUAGGAGACUGUGGGGGAUAGGAGACUAUGGUGGAUAGAACAAGGACCGUAGACCAUGGGGGAUAGAACAAGGUACGCAGACCGUGGGGGAUACUAGAAGGACCGUAGACCGUGGGGGACAGUAGAAGGAAGGUGAACCGUGGGAGAUAGAGCAAGGACCGUAGACCGUGGGGGACAGUACAAGGAAGGUGAACCGUGCGGCACAGUACAAGGAACGUAGACUGUAGGGGAUAGCAGACGGUGGGGGAUAGCAGACUGUGGUGGAUAGCAGACUGUAGGUGAUAGCAGACUGUGGGGGAUAGCAGACUGUAGGUGAUAGCAGACUGUGGGGAAUAGCAGACUGUGGGGGAUAGCAGACUGUAGGUGAUAGCAGACUGUGGGGAAUAGCAGACUGUGGGGGAUAGCAGACUGUAGGUGAUAGCAGACUGUGGGGAAUAGCAGACUGUGGGGGAUAGCAGAGUGUAGGUGAUAGCAGACUGUGGGGCAUAAGACGCCAUCAUUGGUGCCCAUUCAGCGAUGCUGAUCUAACAUGGUGGAUAUUAAAUCAAGUCCGUCAUGAUUGAUGUGUUCUAUCAGGCCCACAAUGUGGUUUCUACAAUCCCAUUUGGAUAUAUUUGUCUGUUUUCGCUGCAUAAUAUUUAGAAGUUGUCUUUUUCGGGUUUCAAAUUUCUUUGUGCUCAAUGCCAACUACCGUUCUGAUAAACUGGUAGCAAAGCCAGCAUAGAGAAGUCGGUGGUUGUAGUCAAAGCCGUUUUUAACUGUAGUGCAUUUGAUUGGUGACGAACAUGUACUGUAUAAGGGAUGGCAUCUUUACAAGCAUUAUACUCCAAUAUCUACCACAACGUAGAGUCAAAUACAUAUAUUAACAAUAGCCUUAAUGUAGGUUGAUUCUGAUGGCCGGUAAUGAGGAGAUCUAUCCCCAACCGUUUCCAUGGUUUCUGUGGAACUCUUACAUAAUCUAUUAGAUCGGACAUUUCUGAAGAUUUAUAUUGUUCCUUAGUGAUGCUCUAGUUUACAAUAAAAUAUACCUAUUGUUUUUGUAAUAAACAAUAGUGUUGUUUCUUAAACUAGAAUAUGGUCUAAUGAUCUCCAUAGAUCAUAAAUAAAUUAAUAAA